ACAUUAUCUGGAUUUGACUCCUAAUCCCCCAAAAAAAGAUAUGAUUAUGUAUGAUGAGUAAUAUCCGGAUAAAUCCACAGUCCGUCUACCAAACGAGGCCACGGUAAAACCGAUUAAGUUGUAUUAUGGGUUUGCACUCGGAUACUACCCAUCCAACCUUCCAAAGCCCCCGCAACCCGCAUGGCCAUGAACCCUUGCCCGGCGUUCCUUCCUCCGAGCCCGUACGCGCCGAGUGCCGCCACCGAGCAUGUGUUAAACAUGCCCGCCCGGCGCGCGCGCGGAAAACGACGGUACAAAAGCCAAACGAUAGAGGCGCGCGCGCGCACGGACACUGACGCUGACGGCCCGAUCCAGCGCGGGCCCCACACCCCACGACCCACGUCCCCCGCGCCCAUCGUACAUCCUGGCUGCCCCCUUGUGACUCGUGACGCAUUCCGCCUACCCGCCUCUCAGGAGAAGAAGAAACAAAUCAAGAAUUGGAAUACAGGGGCGCCAUGGCGGCCGCCGCCACCGCCAUCUCGGCCUGGGGCUCCUUCCCCGCCGCGCUCCUCCGCCGCGACAGGCGCAGGCGCUCCCGCGUGGCCGCCGCGGCGACGACGGCGGAGGCGGCGCUCGCGGCCGUCCCGGCGGCUCCGCCGGCGCCGAUGGUGCGGGUGGCGCCGGAGUCGCUGCAGCGGGAGAGCGGUUGCCUCGUGGCGGGCGCGCGGGAGCGCGGGGCGGCAGAGGUGGGGGAUGGGCCCGGCGCGAUGGAGUACCUGACCGGCGUGUUGUCGUCCAAGGUCUACGACGUGGCCAUCGAGUCGCCGCUGCAGCUCGCCACCAAGCUCUCCGACCGCCUCGGGGUCAACCUCUGGAUCAAGCGCGAGGACCUGCAGCCGGUAUUCUCAUUCAAGUUAAGAGGAGCAUACAAUAUGAUGGCUAAGCUCUCCCGUGAGCAGUUGGAGAGGGGUGUCAUCUGCUCCUCUGCUGGAAACCAUGCCCAGGGCGUUGCUCUUUCCGCUCAGAGACUAGGAUGUGAUGCCGUUAUCGUCAUGCCCGUGACUACACCAGAAAUCAAGUGGCAAUCAGUGAAGAGACUGGGUGCAACGGUAGUUCUCAAGGGGGACUCGUACGACGAAGCUCAGUCAUACGCAAAACUACGAUGUGAGCAGGAAGGGCGUACAUUCAUACCUCCCUUUGACCAUCCCGAUGUUAUCACUGGACAAGGAACUGUCGGCAUGGAAAUUGUUCGGCAACUGCAAGGCCCACUACAUGCAAUAUUUGUACCUGUGGGAGGUGGUGGAUUAAUCGCUGGAAUUGCUGCCUAUGUAAAACGGGUUCGACCAGAGGUGAAAAUAAUCGGAGUAGAACCAUCAGAUGCAAAUGCAAUGGCAUUGUCCUUGUACCAUGGUAAGAGGGUCAUGUUAGAGCAUGUUGGAGGGUUUGCUGAUGGUGUAGCUGUCAAAGCUGUGGGAGAGGAGACAUUUCGCUUGUGCAGAGAACUUGUAGAUGGCAUUGUUAUGGUCAGUCGAGAUGCUAUUUGUGCUUCAAUAAAGGAUAUGUUUGAGGAGAAAAGAAGUAUCCUUGAACCUGCUGGUGCCCUUGCACUGGCAGGGGCUGAAGCCUACUGCAAAUACUAUGAUUUGAAAGGAGAAACUGUUGUUGCAAUAACUAGUGGAGCAAAUAUGAACUUUGAUCGGCUUAGACUAGUAACUGAACUUGCUGAUGUUGGUCGAAAACGGGAAGCAGUUUUAGCUACAUUUCUGCCAGAGGAGCAGGGAAGCUUCAAAAAGUUUGCAGAAUUGGUUGGCCGGAUGAAUAUUACUGAAUUUAAAUACAGAUAUGAUUCCAAUGCAACAGGUGCCCUUGUUCUUUACAGUGUUGGCAUCUACACUGACAAUGAGCUUGGAGCAAUGGUGGAUCGCAUAGAAUCUGCAAAACUGAAGACUGUUAACCUUACUGACAAUGAUUUGGCAAAGGACCACCUUAGAUACUUCAUUGGAGGCAGAUCAGAAAUAAAAGACGAACUUGUUUACCGGUUCAUUUUUCCAGAAAGACCCGGUACACUUAUGAAAUUUUUGGAUGCAUUCAGUCCUCGUUGGAAUAUCAGCCUUUUCCAUUACCGUGCACAGGGUGAAGCUGGAGCAAAUGUAUUAGUCGGUAUACAAGUGGCACCGGAAGACUUCGAUGAAUUCAGGAGUUGUGCCGAGAAUCUGGGUUACGAGUACAUGUCGGAGCUCAACAAUGAGAUAUACCGGCUGCUGUUGCGUGGUCCAAAGAUCUAAUGUCGUCGAGUCACAUCGAUGAACCGAUGGUUUCCUUUGCUCCCAUAAAUUGGUGUGGCAUUCCAAGGAAGAUUCCACUCCAAGGUAGAAGGAGCACCCUGCUUAUUCUGUUGGAGUAAAGCCAUUGCAUAUCUAUUUAUGUAGCGUUAGUGUGCCAUUUGUUAACCUGUUAGAUCAUGUGCUUCUUGGUCUCAAUUUAUCGGGUGUGAGUUACUAGAAUUUCUCAAAUAAUGAUAAUAAAUAUGUAAUCUGAAUAUCUGAUAAUAUGUAAUCCUAGAAGUUUGAGCCGUAUCAUUGCUGUAAACCACUCUUAUCUCUUUGCAAUAUCAAGUUUCAAAACGAUUGAGUAAGAGUGGCAAAGUUUCUGUAUAGCAAGAGUUGUAACUGAAAAAUAGAUGCGGACAAUAUUAAUCCUUGUGUUGUGGAAAUCACAACUUAACCUUGCAUA